AUGAUAUUCCUCAAGGUAGCCACUGUUGCUAACUUGGUAUUUGGUACAGCCACAGCUGUGAAAACUUCCAAUCGUGCCAGUUGCAAGGUUUCCACCUUCCAAAAGUUUAUAGAUGCAGAUUCCACCAUUGCAACAGUUCAAUGGGCAACUUAUAUUCCUCAAAAUGGUAGUUUUAACCCAGAGAAUUAUACCUCUGCAACUGAAUAUCCCACGAAGCUACCUGAAUCAUGUGCCGUUCAGAUAAAUGUUGCUUCGGAGGGUAACUCGAGCUAUCUCGUUGGUAUUAUCCUACCUUAUGAUUGGAAUGGACGAAUGCUGUCUGCCGCUGCCGGAGGAGGUAUCAACUGGGUUGACAUGGGAACCGGUACUCAUUACGGCUUUGCUACCGUGUCUAGUAACUUGGGCCAUGUGGGCAUCGAUACCACCGGCACAUGGGCGCUUGGCAGGCCCGAGGCGGUCAUUGAUUGGGGUUACAGAGCUUGGCACGGCACCACUGUGCUGGGCAAGCUUCUGAUCAAAAACUAUAUGAAGAAUCUCCAGAUGUACCCCGAGGAUUAUGAUGGUGUCAUUGCUGGUGCUCCAGCCUGGUGGACAACCCAUCAGCAACUCUGGAACCUCAAACAAACCACCUACCAGGCCCCUGUCAAUUCAUCUCAUACUAUCCCAGGGGUGAUGUUCGAUAUUCUUGCGGCUGAAGUCAUCAAACAAUGCGAUCCUCAAGAUGGUUUGCUUGAUAACAUCAUUUCAGAUCCGCAGGGAUGUAACUUCGACCCUAGCACAUUGGCAUGCAACGCAACCAGUUUGUCUGAUGAGUGUCUGACCGCAGACCAGCUCUCAACACUUUACAAGCUCUACAAUGACUGGGUCGAUGUGAACCAAACCUUUGUUUACGGGCAUGUGUGGCUUGGUAGUGAGGCUUCAUGGUUACUGGGCAAUAUCGGAUUGGGUGAAAACAGCACUAUCGAACAGCAAUACUGGUACCCCCAAGAUCUCAUGGGUCUAGGACAAAGCUUUGUAUGGCAGGGCUUGGAUUACAAUACUGUGCAGCUAGCGGAGAAGCUUAACCCUGGAAAUGCAACCGCGGAUCAAUAUGAUAUUAGCGAAUUUUACAACCGCGGCGGCAAAUUUCUCCAUUACCACGGCCUGUCGGAUGCCUACGUCUCUCCGGAUUCUAGUAUAUACUACUAUGAUCACGCUAAGAGUGCAGUCCAGCCUCAGGGUAUUAAAAUGGAUGAAUUCUAUCGUAUGUUCCUGAUUCCUGGAAUGGAGCACUGUGACUCAACUCCCGACAACAUGAAUGCUCCGUGGUACGUUGCUGGUCUAAAUCAAGCCGCUACCAUCAACACGGGUACCUACAGUACUCCAGGAUACAGAGAUGCGCGACACGAUGUUGUUUUGGCUCUAAUGGCCUGGGUUGAAAAUGGCACGGCACCUGCUGAAAUCGUCGCUACCAAGUGGAAGAAUGAUACAACUGCCACCGAGGUUCUGCGCCAACGGCCGAUCUGUCACUAUCCCAACCAGGCAAGAUACGACGGCAAUGGGGAUCCCGAUAGUGCCUCUAGCUGGACUUGCGAGUCUCUCUACUAG